CAAAAGACAGAGCGAGAGAAUGAGUGUACAGUGUGAAAUCAGCGGAAACACGGGGAAAUCGCGUCUAAAUGGGAAACAGCUGUUGUGUGAUAGACUAACAGAUUAACAAGAAUUCGGAGCUAUCGUUUUAAAAAUUGCCUAAAAACACAGAAAGGAGAAGUAAAUUGAUCGUUCAUGCCAACGUCCACAGACCACAGACCACACACACACACCAACACCCUCUUACCGGACUAUCUGAACUAUCCAGAGCUGCCACCUCUAAAAGGCCAUUGUUGGGGCUUUGAAGAAGGACAAGACUGAAUCAUCGUGGAUGAAAAUCAUGGUGAAGAGUAAAACAAACUGCAUUGAAAGGCCUCUGUCUCUGGCCUUUGAAAAGCUUGGUCAUGUUGUUGGUAGAUAUCCAGAGCUGUUUAUUUUAUCAGCUAUAUGUGUGGCUGCUGCCCUUGGAUCUGGCUUCAUCUUUCUUCACGAGAGGAAGGCAAAUGAUAUUGAAGACCAGUUUACGCCUGUCAAUGGACCUGCCAAGUUGGAGAGGGCGAUUGUGGUGGAAAACUUCCCACAAUCUGAAGAGUUUUCCCGGAUACGGCUUACGUCUGAAGGCACUUAUGCCUCUUUGAUCAUCACAGGCUUGCACGGAGAAAAUAUAUUAACAGAAGCAGCUUUUAAUGACAUUAUAGAGCUAGACAGACGAGUGAAAAAUAUGACGACAGGAAACACUUUUCAAACCCUCUGUGCCAAAACAAAAGGAAAGUGCAUGUCAAACGCAAUUUUAGACAUAAUAAAUUACAAUCCUAUUGAAAUAGUUUCUUUAAAAGUAAAAUAUCCAUUGAAUAAUACCGUAUUUUUGGGAACAAACAUCGGCGGUGUAGAGCUAAAGCCAGAGAGCUCAGAGCUCAUCAGUGCCAAAGCAAUCAGACUUUUUUAUUUCUUAGACGAGAAGAAGACAGAGGAAAACCGUCAAUGGCUUGAUUGCUUUCUAAAACUCCUUUCAAACUCUACAGAACUGAAAACAGUCCAUGUGUCUUACUAUACAUCAUUAUCAAGACAGACUGAGCUUGAGACCAAUUCAGACUCGGUUAUCCCACUCUUCUCUCUAACGUAUUCCCUGGCCAUUACCAUUUCAAUUAUGUCUUGUUCAAGGUUAGACCCUGUCAGGACGAAGGUGUGGGUGGCUGCGUUCGGUGUGGUCUCCGCUGGGAUGGCCGUGUUGACCAGCUUUGGUCUGCUGCUGUUCUGUGGGAUGCCAUUUGCCAUGACCGUGGGCACAGCCCCCUUUCUGGUUCUGGGUAUUGGCGUUGAUGACAUGUUCAUAAUGAUCUCCUGCUGGCAGAAAACUGAAGUUCAUAAAGCCGUUGAGCUUCGUUUAGCAGAAACGUACAAAGAGGCUGGCGUGUCCAUCACUAUCACCACGCUGACAGAUGUGCUGGCUUUCUACAUCGGCCUCAUGACGCCCUUCCGCUCGGUUCAGUCCUUCUGCAUGUACACCAGCACAGCUCUUCUGUUCUGCUACAUCUUCAAUAUCACCUUCUUUGGUGCGUGUCUCGCACUGAACGGACGGAGAGAGAAAGGCAACAGACACUGGCUGACCUGCAUAAAACUCUCAGAACCCACUGGUGAAGAUGGAGGUUGUUGUGUUGGUGGGGCGUAUGAUAAAAACACAGAUAAGGAAUUAGAAAUGCCAAUGGAUUCAUUCUUCAAAAACUAUUACGGCCCUUUUCUGACAAGAGUGUGGGUUAAGGCACUUGUGUGUCUGAUCUAUGCUGGGUAUUUGGCAGUCAGUAUCUAUGGAUGCUUCCAAAUGCAGGAAGGUCUAGAUCUGAAGCAUUUAGCAGCAGACGGCUCAUAUGUUGGUAGUUACUAUGACAAUGAAGAUAAAUUCUUCUCUGCCUUUGGUCCUAAUGUCAUGUUAGUUAUAAAGGAUGAAGACUUUCAGUACUGGAACCCAACUGCUCGGAAAAGUCUUGACUUGUGUUUGGAACAUUUUAAAAAACUGAAAGUAGCAGAUUCAGACAUUCCACCGAUCUCUUGGCUGCAUGCGUACAUGCAGUUUGGACAGAUGGCAAAUCUCAAUUUAAACGAUGAAAUUCAAUUCAAACGCAGUUUAACUCCAUUUCUUAAUCGGUCUGGUUUUAGUCAAGAUGUUAAUUUCACUAACAAUCAAAUCCAUGCGUCACGAAUGUUCGUUCUGACUGUGAACAUCCGCAUAGCGAUUGAUGAGAAGAACAUGCUGAAUGCAUUUAGAGAAACCGCAGAAAAAUGUGGGAAUUUGCAGACACCCGUUGAUCUGAUAGUGUAUCACCCCGCAUUCAUCUAUUUCGACCAAUAUGCCGUCAUCAUCACUAAUACAAUCCAGAAUAUAGUAGUUGCUACAUGUGCUAUGCUAGUCAUUUCACUCCUGUUGAUCCCAAACCCUCUUUGCUCUCUCUGGGUGACAUUUGCCAUCGCAUCUGUCAUUGUGGGAGUGGCCGGUUUCAUGGCACUAUGGGAUGUUAGUUUAGACUCGGUGUCUAUGAUUAAUCUUGUUAUCUGUAUCGGGUUUUCUGUCGACUUCUCUGCUCACAUAUGCUAUGCUUUUGUCUCAAGUGAAAAGUCUUCAGCGAAUGAGAGAGUCACAGAUGCCGUCACUAAACUGGGCUAUCCGAUCAUUCAGGGUGCCGUGUCCACUAUCGCUGGUGUGGUGGUGCUCUCGGCUGCUAAAAGCUAUCUCUUCAGGACCUUCUUCAAAAUCAUGUUCUUAGUCAUUCUCUUUGGGGCCGUCCAUGGCAUCAUAUUCAUACCGGUGUUCCUGACCUUCCUCGGCACUUUUAGUAAUCGUCACGAAAGAAACAAAGACAAUCUUACAGAGCAAAGUGAAAUGAUUGCUUUCACAGGGUCUGCUGAUCCUGACUCUCACUGAGCUUACUUUACUGAAAGAUUUUGCGUGUUGAAGUUACUGAUAAAUUAUUUAUAUCAUAAUUAAGUGUACCUUUUAAAUAUAUUGUUAUCCUUGUCAUGAGAAUUAUUUCAAAUGGACAUCUGUUCAUUUAAACACCUCAAUGCAAAAACAACUUUGCUUUCGUAAACUGCAUUACUGAACUUAUUUUCUUCAGUUGACAAUUAUAGUGAGAUUGUGUCCUUUAUGACACUGUUUACACAUGCUUAAACACCUCUGCCAUUUAUUUUCUGCUUGUUUGUAGUGCAAGGGUCAAUAAAGAACUUUUUCUUUGAACAA